CAUCGAAUUUCAUCAACUCCGAAAAGUGCAUAAAACUUGGGAAAGUGUAGUUUUUUUUUCGCUUAUCACAGUCUAAGAAAGCGAUUUUUCCUCGGAUAGUUUUUGUGCCAUUCUUCAGUAUGGCAUCUCUAAUGUCCGCGAAAUUAAUCGUGAACACAGCGUCUUGCCGUUCUGUGAAGCAGUUACUUUUCAGCAGAGAUAUCUCUAUAUAUUCGAAUUUCAGUGGAAAAGUCCUGAACGUCUCUUUGCCUUGCUUGUCAUUAUCGCGGCACUUCGCAGAAAAACUCGUUUACGCCAGAGAAAAGCCUCAUGUUAAUGUUGGAACUAUUGGUCAUGUUGAUCAUGGAAAAACAACCCUAACUGCAGCCAUAACUAAAGUUCUUGCGGAUAAAAAACUUGCCAAAGCUCAAACCUAUGAAGAUAUUGACAAAGCCCCAGAAGAGAAAGCUCGUGGAAUAACCAUCAACUCUGCUCAUGUUGAAUACAACACGGAAAACAGGCACUACAGCCACACUGAUUGUCCAGGGCAUGCUGAUUAUAUUAAGAAUAUGAUUACAGGAGCUUCCAUGAUGGACGGUGCCAUUUUAGUAGUGGCUGCUACAGAUGGUGUCAUGCCUCAAACAAAAGAGCAUCUUGUGCUAGCGAAGCAAAUCGGAAUUGAGCAUUUAGUCGUGUUCAUUAACAAAGUCGAUGCAGCUGAUUCUGAAAUGUUGGAAUUGGUUGAAAUAGAAAUUAGAGAGCUGCUUUCAGAAAUGGGAUACCCUGGAGAUGACAUUCCCAUUAUCAAAGGGUCAGCCCUCAAAGCUUUGGAAGGAACUGAUCCCGACAUCGGUUCAAGUGUCAUUUUAAAACUAAUGGAAGAAAUAGAUCGAUACAUCCCGAUCCCAGUAAGAGAUUUAGACAAACCUUUCAGAUUUCCAAUUGAGCAAACCUAUCAAAUCCCAGGAAGAGGUACUGUUUGUACUGGAAGAGUUGAAAGAGGAAAAAUCAAGAAAGGCAUGGAAUGUGAAAUUCUUGGAUAUGACAAAGCACUCAAAACAACUAUCACAGGUAUUGAAAUGUUUCACAAAACAUUGGAAUAUGCUGAAGCUGGUGAUCAGCUUGGGGCAUUGAUUCGAGGCAUCAAGAGAGAUGAUGUUAAAAGAGGCAUGGUGAUCUGCAAACCAGGAACUGCAGAAGUCAAUAAUCACGUUGAAGCUCAGGUAUACAUGUUGAAGAAAGAUGAAGGUGGGAACAACAAACCUGCUCUUCCUUGGCAAAACGUUUCGAUUUUCUCUUCGACAUGGGAUUGUACUGGCCAGUUACAUCCAUCCAAAGAAAUGGUCAUGCCCGGAGAAGAUGCCACGUUCGAGAUCAGAUUACUGAGGUCCAUGUACUUUGAAAAAGGUCAGAGAUUCACGAUGAGACAAGGUUCAACAACUAUUGGAACAGGUGUUGUGACCCAAACUUUACCUCCCUUAACGGACCUAGAGAAGAAACUUAUUAUGGAAUCCAAGAAAAAGAGAGAAAAACUUCUGGCUGAACUUCAGAAACCAGAAGCACCUGCCUCCUAAAUUUUCUCUCCUGUCUCAUAUUAGUUUAGUUUUUCUCUCUUAUGUGUAAGUAAUUUUUAUGUACAUUUAAGUUUUUUUCCCGUGUAAUAUCUUAUUUGUGAAUAAAUUAUUUUUUAAGUUUCA